AUGAGAAGGAUGACUCUGACAGAGAUGAUGAUGGAUUUGAUGAGUAGCGGCCCCGCCGUCUCCUUUCAGCGGCCCCGCCGUCUCCUUUCAGCGGCCCCGCCGUCUCCUCUCGGCGGCCACGCCGCCUCCUCUCGGCUGCCCGGCCGCCUCCUCUCUGCGGCCCCGCCGCCUCCUCUUGGCGGCCCAGCCGCCUCCUCUCAGUGGCCCCGGACCCCGCCCUCUCAGCGGCCCUUCCGCCGCCUCCUUUGCGGCCCCGCCGAGCCGCCCAGCAGCAGAGCCGCCGAGCCGCCCAGCAGCAGAGCCGCCGAGCCGCCCAGCAGCCGAGCCGCCAAGCCGCCCAGCCACCGAGCCGUUGUGCCGCCCAGCAGCCAAGCCGCCGAGCCGCCCAGCCGCCGAGCCGCCCAGCAGCCGAGCCGCCGAGCCGCCCUGCAGCCGAGCAGCCGAGCCCCCCAGCAGCCGAGCCGCCGAGCCGCCCAGCAGCCGAGCCACCGAGCCGCCCAGCAGCCGAGCCGCCGAGCCGCCCAGCAGCCGAGCCGCCGAGACGCCCAGCUGCCGAGCCGCCUACCGCCCAGCUGCCGAGCCGCCGAGUCGCCCUGCAGCCGAGCCGCCCGAGCCGCCCUGUCUGUCACCCGCCUCCCUGACUACCUUCGCGUAGUCACGGACCACUUUCUCUCAGUCUGUCCCACCACUCUCACUGUUGACCUCCUCGAGAAGGCCCUCCUAGCAGCGGAGAAGAGCAUAGUCGCUGUAGGGGCCUCUCGUGGUGACCCGCGCACCCCCAUCUGUGAGGGGUGUUCCCCCUCCCCUCUUUUGCCCUCUGUUGCCUCUGCUGCUGCAGCCGACCUUGUUGGUCUGGAGUCGGUCUGUGCGGCGUCUACCCCUAGUGGGAAGCGUCGCUCUGGCAAGGGCAAGGGGGGCAGGGGCGCUGGAGGAGCUAGCGGGGGCAGUGGAGGCGGCGGUGGAGGCAGUGGAGGGGGUGGGGGUGGUGGUGGGAGUGGUGGUGGGGGUGGAGGUGUCGGCAGCGGCAGUGGAGGCGGAGGCGGCGGCGGCGGUGGCAGUGGGAGCGGAGGUGGUGGAGGUGGCGGAGAUGGAGGAGGCAGUGGCGGAGGAGGAGGAGGAGGAGGUCGUGGCUCUUCGCAGAGGAGUGGCUCCGGUGGUGGUCAGCGCCAGCAGCAGCAGCGCACUCGGGAGACCCUGUCCCCUCAGCAGCUCUGUGAGUGGUACGCUGCACGCCAGCGGGGUGGGGAUACUGGUCCGUGCACCUACGUCCUGCGCACCGGCGACCGUGUGGGUGAGCAGUGUGGGGGUGCGCACCCCACCUAG